AUCUCUUCCUCACCAUUUUCAUUUUAAUCCAACCUCUUCAUAUAAACCCUAGUUUUAUCUUUACUAUCACAACACCAAUCCACCAUCAUCAACCUUUUGCUUCGUUCAUAUCGAUUCAAUUUUCACUCUGUUUUCAAUUUUGAUUCUUGAUUGCUGCUUUUCAUGCCUGACUCGAUUCAAUGAGACUUCUCUCAAGUCCCGAUGCUUCUCGUUAGCCAUGGCUUCUGCUCCAUUUUUGUCAGUGUCUGUGGAAUGUGUGAAUUUGUCUAAGUAUUCUAAAGGCGAUGGAAGUGGAAGAUAUGAUUGUAGUCCAAUUUCGUGUGCUUGGAAGGCUCCAAGGGCGUUGACUGGUUUACUAGCUAGUACUGCUCAUUCCUCGCCCUUGAAUCAUGGACAGAGUGAAAGAAAGAUUCGUCGUGUCAAUAGAUGUGAAGCUGCUAGCAUGGGGGCCUGGUUAUCUUUUGCUUUGGAUCACUUACCUCCACGAAGACUUGUAAGGUCAAGUUUGCCCGAUCUUGUCUGUAGGAAAUGGGUAGUGAGCUGUUCUUCAUCUCUUCCUUCGGGAUAUGAUGAAGUUUCUCCUGAAGAUUUGUGGGAGGAUCUUAAGCCUGCUAUUGCAUACCUUACAUCCGAUGAGUUAAUAUUAGUUCGCGGUGCUCUAAAUCUGGCCUUUGAGGCACAUGAUGGGCAAAAACGACGAAGUGGAGAACCGUUUAUCAUUCAUCCUGUUGAAGUUGCAAGAAUUCUGGGGGAACUUGAAUUGGACUGGGAGUCGAUUGCUGCUGGUUUAUUACAUGACACAGUUGAAGAUACAAACCUUGUUACUUUUGAAAAAAUAGAGAAGGAAUUUGGUGCAACUGUCCGUCACAUUGUUGAAGGAGAAACUAAGGUGUCAAAACUGGGAAAGCUGAAGUAUAAAAAUGAAAGUCACUCGGUACAAGACGUGAAAGCACAUGAUCUUCGACAAAUGUUUCUAGCCAUGACUGAGGAGGUCAGGGUGAUAAUUGUUAAAUUAGCGGACAGAUUACAUAAUAUGCGGACUCUUUCACAUAUGCCUUCACAUAAGCAGUCCAGCAUUGCGAUGGAGACGCUGCAGGUUUUUGCUCCUCUUGCAAAGCUCCUGGGGAUGUACCAAAUUAAGUCUGAGCUUGAGAAUUUGUCCUUCAUGUACACAAAUCCUCAAGAUUAUGCUAAAGUCAAGAGACGAGUUGCAGAACUCUGUAAAGAACAGGAGAAAGAAAUUGAAGAGGCAAAUAAAAUUUUGAUCAAGAAAAUUCAAGAUGAUCAGUUCUUAGACCUUAUGACUGUGAAGACUGAAGUGCUUUCUGUCUAUAAGGAACCUUACAGCAUUCAUAAAUCUGUGCUCAAAUCCGGAGGUUCAAUUAAUGAAGUUAAUCAAAUUGCACAGCUGAGGAUUAUUGUUAAACCCAAGCUUUGUGUGGGUGUAGGGCCUUUGUGUAACGCACAGCAGAUAUGCUACCAUGUUCUUGGGCUGGUACAUGGGAUCUGGACGCCUAUACCUCGAGCAAUGAAAGACUACAUUGCAACCUCAAAACCCAAUGGGUAUCAGAGCCUUCAUACUACUGUGAUUCCAUUUCUUUAUGAGAGCAUGUUUCGUCUAGAAGUUCAGAUUCGAACUGAAGAGAUGAACUUGAUAGCAGAACGAGGUAUUGCUGCUCAUUACAGUGGAAAAGUCGUUGUUAAUGGCUUAGUCAGACAUACAAUAGCUAACGACAGAAACUUGAGAGGGAAAACAGUCUGCCUUAACAACGCAAAUGUGGCCCUCAGGAUUGGCUGGCUCAACGCAAUUAGAGAAUGGCAAGAGGAGUUUGUUGGAAACAUGAGCUCUAGAGAGUUUGUAGAUACAAUCACCAAGGAUCUUCUAGGUAGUCGCGUCUUUGUAUUUACGCCAAGGGGAGAGAUUAAAAAUUUGCCAAAAGGAGCAACUGUCAUCGACUAUGCUUAUAUGAUACACACUGAUAUUGGAAACAGUAUGGUGGCUGCAAAGGUCAAUGGCAAUAUUGUUCCUCCCUUGCAUGUGCUUGCAAACGCUGAAGUUGUGGAGAUAGUGACAUAUAAUGCUCUCUCAAGCAAAUCUGCUUUCCAGAGGCACAAGCAAUGGCUGCAACAUGCAAAAACACGUAGUGCCAGACACAAGAUUCUGAAAUUCUUGAAGGAGCAAGCUGCCCAAUCUGCAUCUCAAUUAACACUUGAUUCAGUCAACGAGUUUCUUGCUGAUUCUGGAGAUGAUAGUGAAGUUGAAGAGGUAGCAGACUACUCUAAAGGGACCCGUCAUACGUGGGAGAAGAUUCUCAUGAAUGUCAUGGAAAUGUCAUCUAUGAAGAUGAUCAGUGAAGAUCUUUUUCAGUUCAAGAACGGUAGUAUUAAGGUUCCCAAGGUUAAUGGAAAACACAACAAGCAUUUGCAGCAUGUGAAUUUGAAGGCCAAGGGAGAUGCAUUAUCUCAUGGUAAUGGUGUUGCUAAGAUGGUUCUUGCCGACGUUCCAAUGUAUAAAGAAGUGUUGCCCGGUCUUGAAAGCUGGCGUGAUGGGAAGGUUGCAUCCUGGAGCGAUUUUGAAGGACACUCCAUCCAGUGGCUGUGCAUUGUUUGUAUAGAUCGGAGAGGCAUGCUUGCUGAUAUCUCAAAGGUGUUGGCAGAUGUUGGUGUCACAAUAUGUUCAUGUGCGGCUGAAAUCGAUAGAGGAAAAGGAAUGGCUGUCAUUCUCUUCCACGUCGAAGCAAGCUUGGACAACAUGGUUAGCGGGUGUUCGCGUGUUGAUUUGGUCCUUGGGGUCUUAGGAUGGUCCACCGGGUGCAGCUUAACCGAAACUCAGCAAAUACGAGAAUGUUGAUACGCGUUACCUGGUCAGGUAAGAAGUUUUGUCCAUUUGGAAUUCUACCAAGAUUCUUUAUUUGGUAUAUAUAAAUAUCAUUAUAUAUAUCUGUCCAACCAUCAAAUAAGUGAAGAAAAACUAGGAAUUUGAUGAAAUCUGUAGAGAGAGGGGAGUGUAUAUAAAGGAAGAGACAAGGGGAUGGCUGAUUGGGAAGUAUACAUGUAAAAAUACAUGAAGUGAUAAUAAAGAAGUGAGUGAUACACAAGUGGAUGUCCAUCCUUUGUCUUUUUAUCUUUUUUUUUUUGGCAUUGGUUACUUUGAAUUUUA